CGUUGACGCAGCCCUUGCAUCCAUGCAUUGUGGUCAUGCCAGAUAGAUGCCGACCUGCAACCACACCUUGCUUGUUUUGUGACCAUUCACCUAGCUAGCUAGCUAGGUAGUACCGUACCCACCCAUCGAUCUGAUUCCAAAGGCAAAGAGUGGAUAGGAAUCGAAUCAUCUCGAACUGUACUCUGGAUUCCAAGAAUUCUUGACAGAGGUAGCUACCGGUAGCUGGCUAGCUGGCUACUAGCUAGAGAGGUAGUUUUUGUUCCAAAAAUCAAGUCCAUUAGCAGUCAUGUCUUGGCUUUUUGGUCGUCGCAGUGAAGAUGAAGAAGAGGACGGCGAGGAGUAUUCGGAAGAAGAAGAGGAAUUUUCUUCCGAAGAAGAAGACGAAGAGGACGACUUUGAAGAUGAGGAGGAAAAGGCGGCAGCAAAACAGUCUGAAAAAGACACUACUAGUAGUAGCAGUGAGAAAAUAAUAACAACACCCGAUCCACCCAACACCCCGGCAAACGAGGCCAAAGAUGAUAUUGACCCCCCAGUGAAAGAAGAUAAUGGCAAGGCUGAAGACAAUGGAGAUGAAGAAGAAGCAGAGAUUAAGCAGUCCACUGAGGAAGUGAACACGGAAACAGAGCAACCUGAUUCUGAUUCCUCUACUGGCAAGGCGACUCCCAACGGUGAUAAUGGUGCCGAGGAAUCUACCAACAAAGAUAACGACUCUAGCAUUCUAGAAGAGGAGACCACAACCACUGCAUCAACCAUUCCUGACUACAAUCAUGCCGAGAAAGACGAGCAAGAAGAAGAGGAAGUUGCCCCAGAAACUCCUGGCACAACAAAUGACCCAACGCCACCAAUCGAGGUUGAAACAGUCAAGGAAGAUGCAGCUUCUGAUGAUGAUGAUGAUGAUGAACCUGCACAGCUGCAAACUACGGAGGAUGAUCAGGAAGAAGAAAAGGAAAAAGAUGAGACCGGUGAUGAUGAUGAUGAUGAUGAUGAUGAUGAUGAUGACGAACAACCAACGGAAUCGAGCCCUGAACCAUCCAAACAACCUACCAGUGAGGACACACAAACUGAUGAAGCAGACGAAAAUCCAGCUGUUGCAACAACACCCUCCAAGGAUACUACCAGUACUGAUCCGGAGGAUGUCGAGGAAGCCACGUCAACACAUGAAAAACAAUCUUUGCUAGUCCUGGCGGCAGAACAUGAUCGUGUCGAUAUUCUAAAAGCAAUCCUGGCGGAUGGCUCGGAAGAAAGAGAUACCCUCCUCAAUUCGAGCAUUCCACCACUGCACAUUUCCAUAUCCUAUGGAUCUACCAAUGCCGUGCAGUGCUUGUUGCGCAUGGGCGCCGAUCCCAGUGUCCGGCCCGAUGUCAAGAAAAUAAAAGACGACGCGGAUGCAGGAGAAGAGGAACAACUGGUCGAAAUCCCCAAUAUGGGAAGGUUUGACAAGUUAUCUGCAUGGGAACUCGCAUUUGGGAAAGACAGUGAUGCUGAUGACGAUGAUGACAAGGACAAGACAACCAACAAAAAGCGUGGAGGGUGGUUCGGAGGCUCCUCUGCUAAGAAAUCAUCCAAUAUUGAUAUCGCACCCUCGAAAUUGGAGGGAAUACGCCACGCCUUUACGGCAGAAGCAUUGAGAUGUAUCGGUUCCGAUGAAGCCGACCGAUUAAAACAACUGCUGGACAGUGGGAUGCCAUCGACGAUUGACAUUGGAGGGAAGAAUCUGUACGACUGGUCCGUCGAAAUGGGAGCACUGCAGUGCGAAGAACUGUUGCGACCCGAAGAAGCAAAGCGCAAUAACGCUGUUGCCGGUAGUAGUGAAAUGGGAGAAGCCAACAAUAGUGCCGAAUCCGACGGCGAAAAGGCUGGUUCGACGGCUGUCUUGGAUCGAGCCACUACUCCGGGCACGGAAUCAUUAUCACAGCUCAACAACCGCAUCGACGAACUGGAGUCUUUGUCCAAGGCAUUAUCCAGCUGUCUCGACAAUCUCGCCGAAGAAGUUAGCGUUUGUCACGGUUUGCUGUUGAUGGGAGGUGGAGCCACUGCCUUGGCGUCCCAUGUGCGGAGUCUCAAGGCCCUCAAAGAGAACAAAACCGCAGAACUAGAACGAAUGGAGGAGGCGUGGGAAAACAGCGAAGAUGAACUCGCUUACUGGGCGAAAGAAUGCGGAGAAGAGGGAAAGGAAAUUGCCGAGCUUGUGUCCACUGCCAUAAUAUCUUCUGCCGAAAAAGAAAUGAAUGCUUCGUAUGCUGGAGCCCCGGAAGACGAGCAAGCCCAAAAGCAACAGUUGAGGGCUCAAGCAGCGGCGCUCGAGAACAAGAUUCGAAAACUGAGGGCUUCAAUUACGGAUCUAUCGGAAGAAAGUACCAGAGAUUUGGAAGAAGUGGAACGAAGAGGGCUAUCUGGUGGAAUCAACCUGGUACGAACGCUGCGCGAAGAGUUACGUGAACUAGAAUUCACCUUAAACGAAGCAAAGAGUGCCGAAGCUUUGUGCCGAGCAAAGAUAAAGGUGAUCCAAUGCAAAAUGGGGGCCAAGAGACAAUCCACGACGGUGGUUUCGGACGGAGAGCCAGUUGCAGAGAAGGCUACCGACAAACAGCCCGCAGAGCCAGCCGCAGCGAAUGGCGCUCCUUCAAAAUUACCAGUUGCGGUUGUGGAAAGUACAAUUGGCACUGCGGCCCCCGUGGACUCCAGCUCCAAGAUGGAUACCAACGGCGAAACUGGCAAGCAAAGGCUGGUAAACGGAAAUACGCAACAGGAGACCCAGUCGUCACAUCCUCCGGUCCUUGUAGGGGUGCACGAAUCGAUGUCACAAACCCCGCUCGUCUCGGACACGAUUACGUCUGGCCAAUCGAACGCGGUAGCUUUGAAAAAACCAAACAACCAUGGAUACUUUACAGUAGACUUGUGGGAAAUAUUGCUUCGGAUCAUUGGACUGGGUUCCAAUAAUGGUGCUUCUCGACAAUCGGUUGGCUCACAAGGCUCUGCUUCCACCGUGAUGAUUGUGUAAAAGGCGAUGGCAAUGCCUCUGAUUGCAGUUGGGAUUCAUCUCCAUAAGGUAGAACGAAUUUCCGACACGGAACGCCUCUCCCUUUCGAAGUUCUAGCUAGUUUGCAGGAGAAUUGCCGUCCUAAGAGGCUCUGUACAGACCGUAGUCCCAGUUCGGUGAUGCAAGCAGGUUAGAAGCCUGAAGUUGACAACCUCUGGUUUGAACCAUGAAUAGUAGCUUGCUUUUGGCACCAGUCCCAGCCCCGAUGUUGUUUCAAAUUGCAAAAGAUUAGGAAAGAUGAUACCACCAACCACCAAUAAUUGCUUUGGAUGGUUCUACAAAAGUAGAGAAAACUUUGUUCGUUCUCGUGUUCUAGUCCCUUGGUCACCGAGACUGACAGGACCAGCGUGUCUUGACUGUACGGUACUGGAGACUUGGAACUGGCUGAAGCUAUCCAUUGCUUUUUUGAAAUACGGUACGGUAGUAGCUGCCGUAGCUAUGACAUUUGUGUAAAUCCAUUGUUU